UUUAAACCCAGCAGUGGCCAAGGAAACAUAAGGACGCAUUUUAUGGUCCAGAGUCUAUAAAACCUUGCUACCUGUGUCCCUCAGAGUACAGCUCUGUCUGUCCAAGGUGUGUGAGUGAGUGUGUGUGAGAGAGAGAGAGAGAGUGAGUGUGAGUGUGCAUCUCUAUACUAAAGGAUAUUCUUUACAAGAGGACCAGAAUCCAGUCUCAGUCAAAGCAGUCAUCAUGGCAGACAAAGAUGGAAGAAUUGCGAGGAGGCAAAGGCCAAGUUUCUUGGGAUAUCCUGUCAGUAUAUUUUUCAUUGUGGUGAAUGAGUUCUGUGAGCGAUUCUCCUACUAUGGCAUGAAAGCGGUGCUGGUGUUGUACUUCAAGUACUUUAUUGGUUGGGACAAUGAUCUUUCCACCACCAUCUACCACACCUUCGUGGCUCUGUGCUACCUUACACCCAUCAUGGGGGCCAUAAUUGCAGACUCAUGGCUGGGCAAGUUCAAGACUAUCGUGUACCUGUCCGUAGUGUACACCUUUGGCCAGGUGAUCAUGGCUGUCAGUUCCAUCCAUGACAUCACAGACAGCGACAAAGACGGUGUUCCUGACAACAUGACCCUCCAUGUUGCCUUGUCCAUGCUGGGACUCAUCCUCAUCGCCUUGGGAACUGGAGGUAUUAAACCCUGUGUGGCAGCGUUUGGAGGAGAUCAGUUUGAAGAUCACCAGGAAAAACAAAGAAGUACUUUCUUCUCCAUAUUUUAUCUGUCCAUUAACGCUGGCAGUCUUCUCUCCACUCUCAUCACACCAAUUCUGAGAUCUCAAGAGUGCGGUAUCUACUCAAAGCGGAGCUGUUUCCCUCUCGCUUUUGGGGUCCCUGCAGCUCUCAUGGUGGUUGCUCUUAUUGUGUUCAUCUCAGGCCAUAGCAUGUACAUUAUGGAAUCCCCCAAGGGCAACAUCCUACUAAAAGUCAUGAAAUGCAUUGCAUUUGCACUUAAUAACCGUUUUAAUCACCGCGGUAGGCAAUUCCCCAGGAGAAGGCACUGGAUGGACUGGGCGGAAGAGAGAUAUGAUAAACUCCUGAUUGCUCAGGUGAAGAUGGUAUUGAAGGUGCUGUUCCUCUAUAUCCCUCUGCCAAUGUUCUGGGCCUUAUUUGACCAGCAGGGCUCCCGUUGGACUCUUCAGGCCACCACUAUGGAUGCUAACUUUGGAGCAUUUGUAAUUCAGCCAGAUCAGAUGCAGAUCGUGAACCCCAUACUGAUUGUGAUUAUGGUGCCGAUCAUGGACUCUGCAGUGUACCCACUUAUCAAACUGUGCCGUAUUAAUUUCACGCCCCUUCGGAGGAUGACUGUCGGUAUGCUGCUCGCGGCGUUGGCAUUUGUGGCUGCUGCUCUUUUGCAGAUUCAAAUUGACAGAACAAUGCCCAAGUUCCCUUCAAGCUCUCAAACCCAGGUGAAGUUCCUGAACAUGGAGAACACAUCGCUGCCUGUUUUAGUGGAGGGGCAAGAACAAUUUGUUGUUCCUGGUUUUAAUGCCUCAAAUGACUAUAUGACACUUGACAACAUUACGAACGUUGCAGUCUCUGUGGGAGGAAGAAAUAAGACAGCUUAUUUCCUGAAGGAAAGGAGGCACACGGUUUUAAUAAAUGCUGAUGGAAUAAUAAAGACUCUCUUUGACGCAACUGAGAAACCGAGUCUAGGCAUGAAUGGCAUCAGGUUUGUGAAUGGUUUUAGGACUCGGCUGAACAUCACAGAAAAGUCUGAUGAGCUGGGUUUCCUCUCUCCCUUAGAAGGAUCAAGAUACUUAAUGGUUCACCAUGGCAAAGUCGAAUUUACUAUCUGGAAUGAAGAUGGACAGAACUGCACAUACAUCAUGCAGCUGGGCUUUGGAAGCUCCUACACACUCCUGAUCCCCAGCACCUUUAUUUUCGGACAAAAUUGUGGCGACACCAUUAAAGCCGUACAGGAUAUUGAGCCGAACAGCAUCCACAUAGCCUGGCAGAUCAUUCAGUACUUCUUGAUGACCUGCGGAGAAGUGGUCUUCUCUGUCACCGGUCUGGACUUCUCCUAUGCACAGGCACCAAGCAAUAUGAAGUCAGUCCUCCAGGCUGGUUGGCUGUUGACUGUCGCUGUGGGGAACAUCAUCGUGCUCAUCGUGGCUGAGGCAGGCUCACUUCCAGAUCAGUGGGCAGAAUACUUGCUGUUUGCAUCUCUCCUGGUGGCUGUGAGUAUCGUCUUUGCCAUCAUGGCUUACUUCUUCACCUACACUGACCCGGCAGAAAUCGAGUCUAAAUUUAUAGAGCUCGAGCCAGAAGAUGAGAAAAAGAAAGGGCUUGAAAUGAUGAUGAAAGACAAUGUGGCGUACGUACAGAGCGAGAACACAGACUUCAAACAAACGAAGAUCUAGACACAUCGCUCGUUUUUUUUUUUUUUUUCUCCUGAUCUGUGGAUUAAAAGUGUUGGUGUUCCCUUUACUACUGAUCGAAGAACUGAUUCACCAUGGAAAAGACAAUCAGCCCAAGAAAAAGCAAAUUCUAUCUAAAAUUGAAUGGUGUUUGGGACACCGACCAAGGGCAGAAGGUUUGGUAUUUUCAGAGAGGAUCAGACUGUUAAGAUCAAUGUUGAAGUGGCCGUGUGUCACUCUCACGCGUGUUGGUGCCUUUGCUGGCGGGUUUUAUUUAUAAGUGUAUUAUGUAUAUAUCACAGAUAGUAUAAUAUAUAAUAUCAGUAAAGAGAGUAGAAACAAUUGAUGCUCUUUUUAGGCAAAAAAAAAAAAAAACAUGCAAUUUACCCUUAUUAUGGAAAACCAGUUUAAAUGGAAACUGAAGAGUGGAAGUACAUCACACUGCUAUUAAUUCUAAUGUGAAUGCUGAUUCCAUCUUGUACUUCAAGCAACAUUUGUCCUGUUUUUGUAAUUGUGGAUUGAAUCUUCUAAAGUGCCUCUAAAUAAUUUGUACUAAUAGCCAUUCAUCUAUACCAAGUAACGGGUAAGAGCAAUUCAUUUUCGCCAUAGUCAAUGCUGUUAUUUUGUGACUAGAUUUGCAUCAUUUGAAGGGGUUACAAUAAAAACGUUGCAUACCA